UUAGCGCCGAAAGUGCGGCAACCCAGCUCAGCGUACCAGUGAUUGUUGGAACCUGCCUUAGCGUUGCUUUCAUGUUAUUUCUGCUUUGCUUUCUGUGCACGAGAAAAAGGAUAGAGCCACGAAAAGAAAUAGUACACGAACACUCUGUCUCGUCAACACAACUAUCGGACAGUACCUAUCAG